ACUUCCGUAAUACCAUAGACGAAGAUUCGUUUGCUGCUUGUUUAUUCCGUUGGUGAUAGCUAUAUAACGGAGUAAAAACGUGUCCACACGGUCCAUUUCAAAGACCGUUGGCAGAUUUUUUUUCGUUCUUGUCUACUCAUCCACCACCGGUCUCGUCAUUGCAUCCUCACAAAUGGCUGAUCCCAAAUACGCCAACUUGCCUGGAAUUGCGUCCAACGAGCCAGAUGUAUAUGAGACCAGCGAGCUGCCAGAAGAUGACCAGGCACAGUUUGAGUCGGAAGAGCUGUGCAGUGACAGUGUGGAGAGGAUCGUGGUCAACCCUAAUGCAGCUUACGACAAGUUCAAGGACAAACGCGUCAGUACUAAAGGAAUCGACUUCUCAGACUGUAUCAGUAAGAACAAAAGAGUGGGCUAUGAGUCUGGAGAAUAUGAGAUCUUGGCGGAGGGCUGUGGGGUGAAGGAAACCCCCCAGCAGAAGUACCAGCGGCUGGUCAAUGAGAUCCAGGAGCUCAGUCAUGAGGUGGAAACCAUCCAGGCGACCACAAAGGAUAGCAGUGCAGAGGAGUGUCUGACCCCAGUAGUCCUAGCCCAGCAAGCUGCCCAGCUCAAACAGCAGCUGGUCUCUGCCCACCUGGACACUCUGCUGGGACCACAGGCAUAUAUCAACCUAGCUGACCCAGACAGAGCACUGGCCAAGCGUCUGCUAACCCAGCUGGAGGCAGCGAGGAGCAGUAGGAGGAGUAUAGGGGAGGGGAAGGCCUCAGCAGCAUCUAAAGCUCCCGGUGGUGUGGUGCUCUAUGAGCUGCACAGCAGGCCAGAGCAGGAGAAGUUCACAGACGCUGCCAAGAUGGCAGAGCUGGAGAAGCGGCUUGCAGAGCUGGAGACUGCUGUGGGCUCUGGAUCAGACAAACAGGGUCCUCUGAGUGCUAGGGUGCAGGGAGGCAGUCUCAUGGACACCAUGGAGCUGUUGCAGGCGCGGGUCAGUGCUCUGGACUCAGCCACUCUGGACCAGAUAGAGGCCAGACUGCAGAGUGUCCUGGGGAAGAUGAAUGAGAUUGCAAAGCACAAGGCAGCCAUCGAAGAUGCUGAUACACAAAACAAGGUGUCUCAGCUGUAUGACGUGGUGCAGAAGUGGGACGCCAUGGCAACCUCUCUGCCUCAGGUGGUGCAGAGGCUCAUGGCUGUCAAAGAGUUGCAUGAAGAAGCCAUGCAGUUUGGUCAGCUGCUGACCCACCUGGACACCACCCAGCAGAUGAUCAACAACUCUCUGAAGGACAAUGGAACACUGCUCUCACAGGUGCAGACGACCAUGAAGGAGAAUCUCCUGUCGGUAGAAGAGAACUUUACUGCCCUGGACCAGAGGAUGAAAAAGUUCAACAAAUAAAUCUGAUUAGUUUGAAAAACUGCUCUUGGUCGAGUUUGGAAAAUGUCGGAGAGGGAGAGAUUGGCGUCUUUUCCACUUCUCUCCCUGUCUUUCUUCAUCUAUUCCUCCUGCCUUUUUUUCUGGAAGCCGGAAUGUUUGAUCAAGUGGAUUAUAAUAAAAAAUGGAGACCAAAUGUUCUUGUCUAUUCUCCCUUCCCAACCUCUUUUCUUUCCCAUUGAAACAUGUUAUAUUUGGUAUGCAAUGCAAUACACCACCCACUAUACAGAAUCCCAUUAAAAUGUUUACUUUGGCUGAAAUGCAUUAUUAUUAUGGAGUGGCUGCGGAUCUGACCAUUUGGGGAUCUUUAGUCUUUAGUCCAAAGCUUCUGCACAUAUGCGGAUCACGUUCCUGCGCAGGUGUAUAUUCUCCACUUUACGCACAGAACAGGCUACUCAGGCAGAUGAUGCUACUUUUAAUAGUCAUAUUAAAGCUCAAUGUCUGCAAGAUCACAUAAUGAUCACAGUAUUCUACAUAACAACCUAAUAUAAUAGCCCAGUAUAACAUUACUGUAAAACAGAAACACUAUUCAAUAGUGAACGAUCAUUCUUCAAGUUUUACAGGUGAAACAUCCAUGUGGCAUAAUUCUGCAUUGUAACCAUUUGAUCUUGAUCAGUUUCAUGAGUAUACACAUUUAGGUGUUCUUGAGUUAUACAGUGUUUUGAAGUAGCCUGUUGUUUUGAAUGAUGCACAGGGAAUGAAUUUUAGAUCAGAUGGUGUUAACUGUAGCCUGCCUGUGUAUUUUGUCUAGUGCCGCACGCGGUUGAGUUUUGGCCGUGAGAGAAAUGCCAUGGUGUUUUUGUUUUACAAUAAUGUUUUACUAUGUUUUGGUUCUGUUAUGUAGAUUACUGUGAAUAUUAUGUGACCUUGCAGACAUUGGUCUAAACUUUACUAAACAAGCACCAUUCGACCUGAGUAGCCUGUUCUCUACGAGUAAAGUAGAGAAUACAUGCGUAGAUCGUUAUAUUUUUGAUUUAACCUUUAACUAGGCAAGUCGGUUAUUUACAAUGACGGCCAAACCCUAACGGCGCUGGGCCAUAUGCCCAGAAGCUUCAGCUAUUUUCUUUUCUGACUAAAGAUGACUCCACAGACUCCAACUAUAUACACACACAUCACUUAAUAUUCACGUUCCCUUCAAAGCUUGAUUGCUUUCAGACUGAAAUGAUUCCCAAUGAAAAUGGCCUGAAGUCAUGAAGUAAUGCUUGUAAAUACACUUGUGUACUUAAUGUUUCAUGCUCAGUUGCUUGUAACUAUUAUAUUAUGACAGACUAAAAUGCCACAGACAAACUAAUUUUAAUCUACUGUGUCAUUGCUUACGAUGGACUGUAAUUGUACCUGACCUAGUCUGGUGAUGGGAUAUCUGAAUAAAACAUGCUUUAACUACACUCAAUUUUUGAGAGGGAGAGAAACUCUGCAUAUUCUACUUCAUUAUUACUUGCAUUGUUUAAAUGAUGACUUAUACCCUGAAAGACCCAUGACAAUUAAGUCCUCUGACUUGAUGUUUUUGUGUAAAAAUACAGAACAUUGCUACUGUGCAGAGACUGCAUCUGCCAGACUGGGGUAAUCUGAUCCUAGAUCUGUGGUUACCUGCAACUUUUUACUGGAGUGCUCUAGUCUAGUUACAAUCUGUUUGUAAUGGUGUAAAGUGGCCAGCAGAGAGCAGCAUAGAACCUUAUAAAAAGCAUCACUUGAGUUCAUAUAGUAGGGCACAGAGUUUGUCUUUGGUAAGGUUUCCACCUCUCAUGCCGUUAUUGCCAACUAGGCUACAGUGCAGCUCAAAUACAGUGAAAUUGAACUUUGGAUCUUUUAGCAACCUUUCAAGUGUAUUUACUAAAACCCUGAUGUACACUGAACAAAAAUAUAAACACAACAUGUAAAGUGUUGGUCCCAUGUAUCAUGAGCUGAAAUAAAAGAUCCCAGAAACCUUC